GGCAUGGAACGGUGAAUGUUUAAAGUAUGGCGGAUGGGGAAGAGCCGGAGAAGAAAAGAAGGAGAAUAGAGGAGCAGACUGAGAAGUUAGUGCUGAAAUGCUAAGCGCUGGCUGCAGAAUGGCAGUGGAUGUUAGCAGCACCGGUGACUGGGAUGGCCGCUGGAGUCAUGUCCAGAAGUUUCUGCAGCGAUCUGGUCCCUUUACCCACCCUGACUUUGAACCAAGUGAGGAGACACUUCAGUUUUUAUUGGAAACAUGCAAGAUUCUAGUGAUUGGUGCAGGAGGCCUUGGCUGUGAGCUACUUAAGAAUCUGGCACUGUCAGGUUUUCUGCAAAUUCACGUCAUUGAUAUGGACACGAUUGAUGUGUCCAACCUUAACAGACAGUUCCUGUUCAGGCCUAAAGAUGUGGGACGUCCCAAGGCAGAGGUAGCAGCUGACUUCAUAAACAGUAGAGUUCCUGGGUGUAAUGUUGUACCCCACUUCAAGAAAAUUCAAGAUUUUAAUGAAUCCUUUUACAGACAAUUCCACAUAAUUGUGUGUGGGCUGGACUCAAUUAUUGCUCGCCGCUGGAUAAAUGGAAUGCUGUUGUCACUACUAGUUUAUGAAGAUGGGGUUUUGGAUCCCAGCUCCAUAAUUCCACUCAUAGAUGGAGGCACAGAAGGCUUCAAGGGCAAUGCCAGAGUUAUCCUGCCUGGAAUGACAGCCUGUAUAGACUGCACCCUUGAGCUUUACCCUCCACAGAUCAAUUUCCCCAUGUGUACUAUUGCAUCAAUGCCACGGCUUCCUGAGCACUGCAUUGAGUAUGUGAGAAUACUGCAGUGGCCCAAGGAGAAACCAUUCGGAGAUGGUGUAGCUCUGGAUGGAGACAAUCCUGAACAUAUUCAGUGGGUUUUCCAGAUGUCUCUAGAGAGAGCAGCUGAGUUCAACAUCACUGGGAUAACUUACAGGCUUACCCAAGGUGUGGUCAAACGUAUCAUCCCUGCAGUCGCAUCCACAAACGCCGUUAUUGCUGCUGCUUGUGCUACAGAAGUUUUCAAGAUUGCUACAAGUGCUUACGUUCCUUUGAAUAAUUAUCUGGUGUUUAAUGAUGUGGAUGGCUUGUAUACGUACACGUUUGAGGCAGAGCGAAAGGAAAACUGCUCAGCAUGUAGUCAAGUUCCUCAAAAAUUACAGUUCCCUCCGUCUGCUAAACUACAGGAUGUGCUGGAGUAUCUGACCGAGAAUGCCUCUCUACAAAUGAAAUCUCCAGCAAUUACAGCAACAUUAGAAGGAAAGAACAAAACACUUUAUUUACAGACUGUCGCCUCAAUCGAAGAAAGGACACGGCCAAAUCUCUGCAAAACUUUAAAAGAGCUGGGAUUGGCUGAUGGACAAGAGUUGGCAGUGGCUGACGUCACCACUCCUCAAACAGUCCUCUUCAAGCUGAACUUCACAUCUUGAACACAACCAGCACCAUAUAAUAAUCCCUUACUGAUUAGAAUACUAUUGCAGUUAAGGGUCUCUGAAUUUGGUGGUAUGGUCCGCUCUCCUUGGCAGAAAGCUAUUAGCUGUAUUUAAUAUUUAAGUAUCUUUUACUGUGUAAAUAAGGCACUUAGUCUGUCCAUUUAGGUUACAUUAUUGAUACUUCUGGUUUGCAUUCGGUCAGCCACCUGAAAAAAAAAAACCCUCAAGUAUGUUGUUUUCACCUCAAGCUUUUACCUAAAAAGAAACUUGUCAUUUCACAAGCCAGCUCCACUUUCCUGAAGAGACUGACGGUGAUAUCAGUAGCACAUACAGUAUUCAACAGUCGAGGGAAUUUUGGGAACACACAGUUGACGUUUUUAUCUGUUUUUGUCCAUCUGCUCCAAUGUACAUAUCACUGGUCACUUGUCUGCUUGUCAGUAAACAUGCUCUGUAAUAAAAAAAAAAAAACAUGUUUAAGUUA